GGCGAGCCCUCUCUGUGGGAGUCUCUGUGGGAGGGAAGCGUUUCCCCGGAGCACGACUUCCGGCCCGGAAGGAAGCCGCCGCCUUUUCUCCCACCCCGCCACGCGAGGCUGCGGCGCACGAUUAAAGAAUGUCACGGGUUCCAUUGGGGAAAGUCCUCCUGAGGAAUGUCAUCCGACAUACAGAUGCUCACAAUAAGAUUCAGGAGGAGUCGGACAUGUGGAAAAUCAGAGAACUAGAGAAGCAGAUGGAGGAUUCUUACCAGGGGACCAGAAGGAACACAGUACCCAGCAGCUCAAGUCGGAUGAGAAGUGAUGGUUUUGAUGAAGAAAGUCAGAGAGACUACUGGAGGUCAAAGAAUGAAUUUUCUGGGGCCCUGGAAGAUGAUUUUCUUAAGGCUAAAUCCUGGAACAAGAAGUUAUAUGAUUAUGAAUCCAAUAUACCAGACAGAUGGGGUCACAGUGGUUAUAAAGAGUUGUAUCCUGAAGAGUUUGAAACAGACAGUAGUGAUCAACAAGACAUUACCAAUGGAAAAAAAACAUCUCCCCAGGUAAAAUCUUCGGCCCAUGAAUCCCGAAAACAUAAGAAGUCAAAGAAAUCCCAUAAGAAGAAGCAGAAAAAACGGUCACACAAAAAACAGAAGAAAAACAAAAAGGAAGCUACGGACAUAACAGCAGAUUCCUCAAGUGAGUUCUCAGAGGAAACUCGAGCUUCUAGUACCGGGAAAAGGAAGCAACCACACAAGAGCAAGAAAAAAUCCAGGAAAAAGUCUCCUAAAAAGUCUUUACAGUUAGGGGGAGAAAGUGACACUUCUCAGUCAGAUGACGGUUCCGCAGCUAGCAGUUCUGAAGAGAUCGAGGAAAGAGACACUAAGAAAACCAAACGGAAAAAGAAAGAGAAGAGCAUCCGUGUUCCCGUGCCUGACCCUGAGGUACAGGAGAGGACAAGCAAGCGGAGGAACUGGAAGGUGGCUACUGAUACUUUGUAA